AUGUUCAAAUCAUGCAACUACUGCAGACACAGGAAGAAGAAGUGCAACUUGGAUGGCCCGUGGGCUAGUCGUUGCACUGAAUGCGAGCACCUAGACCUGGUCUGCGAGUUUAGUCGCCGUCAACCAAGUCAGAAGCGUCGUCAAACCUCCCAGCGUAUUGCAUCAAGAGUCUCGGCUGCCGCUGCGAUCUCAGAGCCUAGGGCUACAGGAGAACGUCAAUGGGCCAGCACAGGAAGCGUUGUAUCGGUCGUCAAGGAUGGUGAUAGUCAGUUGAACUCUGCCGACACCAAGUAUCCUACUGGUCAGAAGAUCAUUCUCAAAGAUGAGACGCAACUCGUGCUUGACUCGACAGCGACAAAGUAUAGGGAGCAUGUUCAACCUCUGACUCCCUUUGUGCCUUCGGAGAUGAUACAUGAGGCGAACGAGAACUGGGAUCCAGCACUACGACAAUGUGUCGAGCUAGCCGCUAGUAUCUGGUUGCAUAGCAGUCCCCACACAGGUAUAUCCGAGCAAGUCGGCCGUGCUCUAAAAUCCAUAACGCAAAGCGAGAUGAGCCUGCAACGCCUUGCUGGUGUUCUUCUGAUCAUUCUCCGAUACCCGGUGGAAAGUGACUGCAUACAGUGGAUCUUCGGUACUGUUCAUGCAUCAUUACUUAUGGGGGAAGACCUACCAGCCCCUAUUCUUGCGGGCGCAGUUGUCGCCAACACCUGGCUGCGACUAGUCGGCUCAUCACUAGAGCCGCUCGACGUUCCUGAAACAUAUCUCAUGACCUUCGCCGAAUCAGUCGAUAGCUCCACCUUUGCGCAUCACUAUCUGCGUAUCUCAGACCUGGGCCUUCGUCUCGACCGGUUACGGAUUAUGGAUGAGCGCGGACCAGAUGCAAAGCUAUUGUGGUGUCGCCUGGAGUACGAGUGUUUGUUCUGGGCUGUACAACUUCCCACGUCGCUUCUUGAUCUUCGCGAUGAGAUGCCAGCACGACCAGAGGCGAUCACAAUUCACUCACUUCAUAAUUUGGUAGUUUUGACAUUUUAUGCAACUGUCUUGAGCCGACAAGACACACUCGGUAAAAUGUUGGCUUUACGGCCUGUCCCGGGCGUUCUGCAUUACAUCUGCUCCCUAAUCCGAUCAGUGUUUAUUUGUCCGCGGGAAAUGCUUAUCCACUGGUCUCUCCUCUCAGAUAUACAGGCUGCGACGGCUCGUAUAGUUCUCCAACUCUGGCGCCAAACGCAGUUCGAGAAUUUUCAAGGGCUUUUGAACCUUUGGGAAGACUCGCUUGGGCGGUACCCGGAAUUAGCAAUGGAGGUGCGUGAUGAGAUUGGCCCUGGUCCCUGGAAUAUCGAUCAGACAGAUGGGUAUUCUGUCUUUUGGACAUUUCGCGAUCUUCGUAGCUUACACCUCCAAGAUGCCUUUCCACAACUAGCUGAAGCUACCAUGCCUUCACCGAACCCUCUGAUCAAUUAA